AUGGCACAUUCUCCAGCUACGAUGACAUCGUUUCGUAUAGGUACAAUUAAUGUCCAUUCAUUUAUUCAUCCAAAAACGUUAAAACGUAAUGCAAAAGAAUUAGUGUCGAUUCUUGCUCCAUAUAAUCUGGAUGUGCUCGCUGUACAAGAAGUCAUUAACGAUGAUGAUUGGAUACUUAUGUGUAAUGAUCUAUCAUUAACUCACACAGUUUUUGGUGCAUCCCAUGGAACAAGAUACGGAAAUGCAAUAGGUUCUAGUCAUCCAAUUCUUGAUUACUUUAAUCAAAAAAUUAUGACCAGCGGCAAAGGAGGUGAUCGUGCAAUGCUUCGUUGUCGUUUGGGUGGUGAUCAUCCUUUCGUACAAAAUCGAACGUUUGCUGUGACACAUCUUGAUCAUCUUGAUGAAGAUGAACGAUUGAAACAAAUCAAUGCUUUUUCUCCUCUUUCUUACAAUAUAAAUAUACUCCUCGGUGAUAUGAAUGCGUUGACAAGAGAUGAUUAUUCCGACACAUAUUUCCAUGAAAACGUUGUUGGAAAACGUGAAAAAAUUAGAUGGGAACCACCUAGAUUCGAACUUACCAAACAAGUGGUCGAUACCUGGUGUUAUCAAGAUGCUUUUCGGCAGAUAAAUCUGACAUUAAAAGAUGAAAACAUCACAACAUGUGCACACAACACUCGUAUUGAUUAUAUCUUCUUGCAUCCAUUACCUGACGAUGAAUGGGUAUUGACAGAGUGUUUCAUUGUAGAUACUCAUGGUGCGACUGAUCAUCAUGCAGUUGUGGCCACUUUUAUGCCAAAGAAUGAAACAUUUAUUCGAAAAACAUGA